UAUCUAUACCUUUAUGUUUUCUGUUCCUUACUUUGGAUUGUUGUCCUGUCUCUUAGUUUCUAGAUCUGUUAUAAACCUAUGGCGUGUUGUACCCACUAUGGCUUUAAUAGCAACUGUUUUAUAAGUAAAUUUUAAAGUGAGGAAACUGACUUUUCUGUUUACCCAUAUUUUUCACUCCUGGUAGAUGGCGCCCUCUGUGUUCACUGUUACUGUUGCACUUCUGUGUAAAGAACUUCUUAGCUUCCCUUUUAGCACUUGUCACUUGGUGAUACUAGUCUCACCUUCGUUAAACCCCGCAGUUUUUUAACCUUUAAUGUUGGUUAAAAUGAUGUUUCACUGGGUAUAGAAAUUUCAGCUGAUUGUUCAAUUUCCCCCACCCUCCAGCAUUUUAAAGAUGUCAUUUCACCAUUUUCUUGUUUAAAUGGCUCCUAAGGACAUAAGCACCGAAAUAAAAGCCAAGAAAUGCCUCAUUCCACAAACAAAGAACUGAUCCUUGGCAUCAUGGUGGGAACUGCUGGAAUCAGCUUGCUGGCCUUAUGGUACCACAAGGUCCGAAAGCUAACAACAACAAUGAGUUUUCCUAAAUUUCUCUCUCUGGGUAAGAAACUCGAUUCACUAACUUUGCAAGAUGAAAGCCACAGUGAACAAGGAGCAUCGGCAGUCUUUCAAAGAAGACAAGUUCAGAUACUGGAAAAGUUGAAUGAGUUACUGACCAACAUGGAAGAACUUAAGGAGGAAAUCAGAUUUCUUAAAGAAACCAUUCCAAAGCUGGAGGAAUAUAUACAAGAUGAACUUGGAGGGAAAACAACACUUCAUAAGGUCAGCCCUCAGCACAGAGCUAGAAAAAAAAGGGCGACAGCGGUUCAAAGUUCAGCUACAAGCAAUAGUUCAGAGGAAGCAGAGAGUGAAGGAGGCUGCUGGAAAGAGGACCAGAGCUCCCCACCAAAUUAUUCUGAAGACCAAGUUACCCUACAACACAGGCAUCAUGGAGCCUCUCUUAUUUUACAACCAAAAGUAGCCCUGGGUUGUAUAAAAUGUCGUCCUUCUUCAACAUGUAAGCUAAACAGAAGAUUAUCUUCUUCAUCAAGUAUAUCUAACCACUCAUUUCUCUCUAAAAGAAAAAAUAGUUUACUGGCGAGGUUUCAAACAAGACAGCAACAGCAAAGUAGAGUGAACUUUGAUUCUCAGGAAGACUUAACUUCCAGUUCCAGAAGAUCUUCAGAUCACAUUAGUGACAUUAGAUUUCGAAAAUCAUCUUCAUCCCGCAAGCUAAGUGUAGUUUCCUGUUGCAGGAAUAACAUUGUCUAUGAUACUCCACGAGAUAGUCAGAACCUGUCUCAUGCAAAAGCAAUCAAAGUCUUUUCUAAAAUGUCGGCUGAUGCCGGGACUCAAAAUCGCCCAAGCUUAUUUGACUCUGACCAUGGCAAUAAAUACUUUUCAAACUUGGAAGAGGUAACCAUGUCUUCAGGUCUUUGGACUAUGGCAAGAACAUCUUACUCAUCAAGCCUAACAGCAUCUCUCUUUUCACUUCCAACUGUUGUUUCUUCUUCCAGUGAAGUAAAUAUAUCUAUUGCUGAAAACUAUGAAGAUGGCCAACGGAAUAAGGAUUCAGAAGAUGCUCUUCAUCACAGGUCCCAGAGUCAGAGUAGGGACCACUCUCCCACGGGCAUCGAGCAGCACCUGUCUCAGAAUAAAACUUCCGCCAGCCUCCUUCAUGAAGGAUUUUCUUCAUCAUAUAAAAACGUCAAUAGCUUAACUGCUGAAGUUACCUCAGGUCCCUUUGAAGAAGAAAACUUUCCUGCCUCAUCUCUAAAUGAAGAUAUACCUUCACCUACUGAUGAGCCAGGAACAAGAUUUCUUGAUGAUAGCCAUUGUGACUGGAGUGAAGAGGUGUCUCAAAUCCUCUCCUGCAGAUCUCUUUCUCUGACCCUCCUACUCAGUCCUCUCUUAUCCCCUCCAGAUCAG